AUGAGGACUGAAUGGAUAUUAAAUGCUGACGAGAAAGAGAAAAGGAGGCGUAAAGUACUGCAUAAUCGGCAAAAACGUGGUAAAAGUGAUGCUAUAAAUGGUAGUGAAUCGGACACUACGACGACGGCGGCCACCGCUUCGGCUAAUCAGCCAUCGAUUGCCGCACAAAGUGUGGAGACAUUAGAUUUGGUGCACAUAUUAGAGGACAAAGACAUAAGUCUAGAGAAACUUGAUUUAGAGAUCAAACAAAUCGAGAGUUGUUUAUUGGAUACGAGACCUGUUGCGCACAAUAGUGGCCAAGAAUUGAUGAAAAUGUCGGUGACAUCAAUGCCGAGACACAUACCUAACGAUACGUUCACUUCGAUGGAGGGCAUGAAGUUUACGGAAGUGAUGGACGUUACGGGUCUUUUCCGUAUACAUAUGCCCGACACUAGCGUUCAGUUAUACAACCAGUUGGAUGUGAUUAAAGCUUUGAUGGAUAAGUUUGAUGAAGGGUUCAGAGAAGUAGUGCUGGCAUUCAAAAAGUUUAAUCCCUAUCAAAGUCUGUGCAAAAGCGAUCAAAUCUCGCUCCUCAAGUCGGCGGCCACUCCUAUGAGUGUUAUCCGUGCCGUUCAUUGCUAUGACUACGAGUCCGAGAAUCUGGUCAUUCCUCUGAAUAGUUGUAGCACUCGGGCUGAUUUGAAAUUAUUUCAAGACUACACUGGCUAUAAUAUGUAUUUUACGAUAAGACAAAUGUUUAAUAAUUAUGCGCGACAAGUUGAUUCCGAUCAAACAAUUCUGGAUUUGUUAACAGUGAUUGCGUUGUUUGAUUCAAGUGGUGUCGAUGUAGUCCAUAGGAAAAACAUCAGACUUCAACGCGAGAUUUACAAGUAUUUACUGAAACGGUAUUUAAAGCUGAAGUACGGCUCGGAAAUUGAGGCCAAAUCCAAGUUUACAACACUUAUGAAAAGCAUGAAUGAGUCGAAGAGGUUCUGUCAACAGCUAAUGAUAUACUUCUUGAAUGCCUUGCCAUCCGAUGUGAGUCCACUCCUCAAUGAGAUCUUUGAUAGAGUGCCUCACGAUAUGCACAAUCAGUCCAUGUGUUUGGAUUUAGACUCUUUCUAA